CUCCCGCCCUCGCCUGCUCUGAGUGUGCCUUCCUGCUCCAGCUGGUCUAGUUCCCUCAGCUCCACCUUCUACUCUGGGGAGCGCGCCCACCCGGACUAGGUUCCUGGAAAAGAAAGUGUUGGAUCAAGGUGUAUGCCAUAUGAAAUUUUGAUAGAUAUUGUGAACUUAUCCUCCAUCUGUGUGCCAAACAUCAGUGUGUGAAGACAGUGGAAGCUCUUGUUGGGUCGGUUGGGUAAGAGCACUAAUAGUUUAAGAAACUUUUGUUUCCUCCAGUAACAACAAGAGACAGGGUGACAUGAGUGAUUCACCUGUACGCUGCACUGGAGAGCUUACUGGUAGAAGAAUUAAUCUGUAAGAGAUGCAAGUGGGUUGCAGGAUGGCCAAAGAGGAAACCCCGAGUACCUCAAAGGACUUGCAGGAGUUGCAGAGGAAGCUGUCUUUGCUCAUUGAAUCUGUCCAGAAUAAUUCAAAGGUGGUUGCCUUGAUGAAGUCUCCAGUGGGUCAGUACGUGGACAAGCAUCCUUUUGUGGCCCUUACCUUGCUGAUGUUUGCUGUAGUGUCAGCCAUUCCUAUUGGGUUCUUCCUGCUCAUUGUGUUACUUACCUCCUUGGCUGCCUUUGUGGGAGUCGUAUUACUGGAAGGACUGGUCAUCUCUGUGGGUGGCCUCUCACUGCUUUGUGUCCUCUGUGGCUUGGGCUUCGUGUCACUUGCCAUGUCAGGGACAAUCAUCGUGUUCUACGUGAUAGUUUCCAGCCUCAUCAACUACUGGUUUUCUCUCAGACCACUGACAGAAAAUUCUGGUGGCAACUGUCAGCUGGCUAUGAAGUCUACAAACUUAGAGGGGCUCUGCCAGGAACGACCAGGUGAACAGAACAAGAACUUUUUUCCAGUCAUCUCUGGAAGGUUAUUGGAUCACACAUCCCCCUUGGGAUUAUGACUCAGAAGAUGCUAAGUAGUUACACACUCCUUGGAUGUGUCCUCUAGCUUUUUCAUUUGUUUGUAGGAUCCUAGAGUAGCCACUUAAGAACCGCCAUGGCUCAGCAGCUCCUCCCACCUCUCACCUCCUUCUCCCAAAAGAUGGAGGCUUGACCUUGGUCUGGUCCUGAACCUCUGGAGACUAGCAACUUGGCCCCAAGGUCAACUUGACAAAAGGAUCUUAAUUUGGGGCAGUUAUGGGUGGCCCGCCCUCCCUCCCUCCCUCUCUUUCCUUCCUCCCUCCCUCUCUUUCCUUCCUCCCUCCCUCUCUUUCCUUCCUCCCUCUCUUUCCCCCUUUUCUGUCUCCCUCUCCCUCCCUCCUUUCCUUCCCUCUUUUUCUUUCUUUUUCUUUUUUUAGCAAUGAGAGAAAUUGUUUCUUUCUCCACUCAUUUGAAACAAGAGUUAGGGUGAAAAUAUCCAAAACAGAAGAAAUUCUUUUGUUUUAUUAGUUUUUUAUCAGAAAGAACAGCAAAAUUGAUCAGUAAUGGACACUCAAAGUUGGAAAACAGAAUCCAAACUUAAUUUUAUAGUCAGAGCAUUUUUGAAAAAGUCUAAUGGAAUAGCUUCCACUGUUGAGUACUGUUAAGUGCUGUUACUCUUUGCAUUUGAUACUUUUGUAUUGUUUUAAAGAACUUGUCCUGUUAAGCCAUUUCUUUAAGAAGUUCUAUACAAAUGCUAAAGGACUAUAUAAAUUUUCAAAAUCCUAUGGAAUUUCUACGUAAGUGGUUUAUUA